UGGAGUGAGAGGCGGACGAUGAGAAAGCGCGGGAGGGUGAAAUUUUUUAUCGCUCACCUCCUCGUGAUCUUAACAGUCUGCAGAUCCACCGUGGGAAGAAACAGAAUUUUAAAACACAGAUUGACGCGCCGUAGGGAUCAUCCCCAGGAUGAGAACGUCGGGAGUGUGUUGUUUGACAGGAAUAAUGCCGGCAAAGUUUGCUGGGAGGUUGAGGAAUUGAUUCUCCUCAACAGCAGACGCAUUUUCCAGGACAUCUUGCCGCAGGUGAGUGUAAUUGACACUCGCAACGACACGUACAUCGGACUUUUGAUGGACUACAUGGACAUCUGCCUGGAGGCAGUGAGGGGAUUAACCUCGGGGAAGACGAAGCAUUUGGUUUUAAAGGCUCUGGCUGACACCCUAGCUGGCUAUCUACGGGUUUAUAUCCUCCCCAUGACGAAGAGGUCCUACUACGCUGGUAAUAUCAAGUAUCGAAAAGCUAAGAGGCUGUUUGAUCUUUAUGACGAGCUCAAGGUAUUUUUACGGAGUAAUGGAGUUGGCUGGAGAAGACCCAGAGAGUUUCAUCAGCAUCUUGACGUGACGGCGGUUGAUGUACCUCUAGGGAAAAGCGAUCAGGACUGCACGGGAUUGAUUCUCUAUCCUGCUUUUUUUAUUGGAUUUAGGGUAUUUCCAGGUUCUGAUCGAUCUGUACAACUUCCCAUGCCUUAUCUCGACGAUGAGAGUAAUCCCAACAGCAUAGCACUUCCAUUUGAAGUGGCAAGCCUGUCAUCGUUAUUCACCGAGGAAUCGGCGUUUGUUCUCGUCAAGUAUUACGCAGCUGGAGAGAAGUGCCUCUCGUCCCGAUCGACAAAGGGACAAUUGGAAAUAUUUCAAAGGCAACUUUUUGAUUGGAUUCACCAACACGUGAAUCCUCACUUAGAGGAGGAGAAGUGGUACCCAGGGUUCGGUGGUGUUUUAAAAAUACUAGCGAGUCUGGAAGCGACAGGUCUAAAACCAAGUAAAAACGUCGGGCAUGAGCCUCCACGUUUCCCUGGCAAAGCAGUACCAAAUGUUCUCCCCCAAUUUCCACCGAUGAAUACUCGGAAUGAAAGCCUCGGAAGGAGAGAACUCGUUAUAGUAGCUGUUGCAAGUGCAUUACUAAUUUGGCUAUUACUCGGGAUGAGUCUUAUCUGCUGGAAAAUUCUGGCAACACACUCGUCCAAGUCCCCGGAAGACACUCCGGUCGCUGUCCUCUACGAGAACAGAAAAUACCCGAGUCCAGAUAUUUCCUCGCCGUCGGAGGGUGGAAUUUUUACGCGUCUCAAGAACCGUUUCCGACGAAAAUCACCAGACGUACCGCGUUGCGAGUGCCCAUCUGACGACGACGACGACUGCGAUGAGGAAAGAUGUCUCGGUUCAAUGAGCUACAGUACGGAUGAUACAGAUAGACUAGUCAUUAAAAAAAAACCAAAGAAACGCACGAAAUUCACAUCGAUACCAUCCAAUGCCACGAGAUCUGACAAAAAAUCCUACUACUCAACGGAUGAAUCGAGUUCCUCAGAGCGAAGGGAGCGAACGCCUUGAUGUUGACGUUAAAGAAAGCAUU